GGCGCUGCCUCUCAGGGUGGCCGCCAUUACCAACUGACACCAUGCCUGCCCUCCGACCCCUGGUGAAACCUAAGAUCGUCAAGAAGAGAACCAAGAAGUUCAUCCGCCAUCAAUCAGAUCGCUAUGUCAAGAUCAAGCGCAACUGGCGUAAACCAAGAGGUAUCGAUAACAGAGCUCGCAGGAGGUUCAAGGGCCAAAUCUUGAUGCCCAACAUUGGCUAUGGUAGCAAUAAAAAGACAAAACACAUGCUGCCCACCGGAUUCAGAAAGUUUUUGGUCCACAAUGUCAAAGAACUUGAGGUGCUGAUGAUGAGUAACAAGUCUUAUUGUGCAGAGAUUGCUCACAAUGUUUCCUCCAAGAACCGCAAGGUAAUUGUAGAGCGAGCAGCUCAGCUUGCUAUCAAGAUCACCAAUCCAAAUGCCAGACUGCGCAGUGAGGAAAAUGAAUAAAUGGGCUCCUCCUUUGUGUAACUGUAUUUAAUAAAAUACAAAAAUCCA